AUGAAACAAAGAUUAGAAAGAACCAUGUUUUCAAAAAUUACAAGAGAGGGCAUUAAUUUGAGUACUGUUCCAAUGAAUGAAGAAACAAAUGAAGCUAUUGAAGCAUUCUUAACUUGUCACUCUGAUUUUGAGAAAAACAAACUUCAAGGUACAGAAUUUAGUGGAAACUUGAUUUUAAGAAAUUCCAAAGGCAAUUAUGGUAGUUUUCAAACUCCUUUCAAUGAUGGAGCCAUUCUUCCACAUAAUGAUAAAGUCAUUCCACCAAAAGAAAGGGCGAAUGAAAGUAUUGAUCCUUCCUUGAUGUUUGAUAAGGAUUAUAUUGAAAAGGUCAUUAAUGAGAUUUCCAAUGAAUCAAAUGAUAGAUACACUCCAUUUGAAAAGCAUUUUUAUUCAGAAGGAGAUGUGAUUCCAAAUCAAAUAUUCGCUAAAGCUCAAUCAUUUCCUCUAUUUGGUUCACGUACUACAUUGCACAAUCCUUAUAUCAAACACGGAAUUGUUAAUUUGAGUAGACUGUCUUGGGUUAAUGGAUUGACUGAAUUGGAAGAGUUGACUGUUUUGAUUGAUUUCACAGAUUUUCAUUCACGCAUCCAACAAUCAACUCUAACUCAACGUAAAAAACUCAAGAAACUUAACUUUGUAAUAUAUGCUAAAUCUGGCUUUUCUUGGCAAAUGAUUGAGCAACUUAUGGAAAAAACUCUUGACUUUGGAGGUUUGUUGACAAUUUAUGCAGAUAUGGACAAUCAAUAUUUGAGUCCUUUCAGUGACCCCUCUUUUGAAACAUCUGUUUUUCGUUUAGAUCAACCAAUCAGAACAUCCAUUGAUUUUAAAGAUUUAAAACUAGUUUUAAAACCAAUUCAAGAAUUUUCAGUCACAAAAGAAAUUUUAGAAAGGGGUUGGUAUAGACCUGUGAAACAGUCACCAAUGCCAAUGAAAUCACCUUCACAUUCAAUCGAAUCCGAGGAGAUAAAGGAUCCAAUCUUUGGAGCUAAUUUUUUCGACACCCACCAAAAGAAGGAAUUGAUCAAGUACUUUGCUAAUAAUGGUUAUCCAUUCGAGUGGCACAAAUCUAAAACUCAAUUAGAUGAGGCAUUUGUUCAAUACUACCUUCACUUAAUGAAUGUCAAUCAAGCAAGAUUGAAUUAUCAUGGAAGUAUUAAUCCAAGUGAUCGCAGCAGAAAACUCUUGGAUGUUAUUGUCUGGGGUUAUGAUAUUACAAUUUGUCCUGAAGUUAUUUUCGAUUUGUGUACUAUUUUUGGAAAUAUUGGUGUGAAAUUAACGAUUGAAAAAUUGAAAACUAUUCCGAAUUAUAUUAAC